CAGAACAACCAUGUUGACAUAACGACCCACCGUUUGGCGCGCAAAUCAGUCUGCCAGUUCAGCUUGGGACGGUGUUGUUUUGGAAAACGAACGGAGCUGGAAUAUUUGUGAAAAUGUACUCAACAAAUACAGGAAAAUAUAAUGCGGAAAAGGCGGAUGGUGAUGAUACAAACGAGAUCGGCUACAAGCAGUCUCGAGAGAAUGACCAAAUCGACCUCAAAUAUGGGUUCGAGCGGGUGAAAGACACCCAGGAACGAACAGGCUAUCUAAUUAACAUACACUCGAUGGAACUUCUGAACGAGGACCGUCGCCUGGUAGCCGCUUUGGAUAUGUAUUUCCUACAGAUGGACGGAAGCCGGUACAAAACAACGGUCAUCUACGCUCCCUACCUGUUGCUGAUUACGCGCGACGGAACCUCGCUGGAGGUGGCCAAGUUUUUAGGUAAAAAGUACUCCGGUCAGUUGCUAUCCAUUGAACACAUUCAAAAGGAAGAUCUCGAUCUGCCGAAUCACCUGAGCGGGCUGAAGCAAAAUUUGCUGAAACUGCGCUUUCCCAACACGACGCAAAUGAACAAGGUGAAGCGUGAUCUGAACACUGCGGUACGCAAAAAUCGGGAACGUGAAAAGGCCAACACUUAUUACAUGCAAAUGUUGAGCACGUCGCUGUCCACCGCAAUUCGGUUCGACGGUACCGAAGGCGAAGGAAGCGGACCGAAUCAGAAUGUGGAUUUUUACGACUACAUUGUGGACAUACGGGAGCAUGACGUGCCGUACCACGUGCGGGUGUCGAUUGAUUUGAACAUAUUCUGUGGCACGUGGUACACGGUCCGUUGCCGUGGUGGAGAUGAGCCUCCGGUGAUUACACCGCGGCCCGACAUCAUCGAUCGUCCCGAGCCGGUCAUAUUGGCGUUCGAUAUCGAAACGACGAAGCUGCCGCUCAAGUUCCCGGACGCGCAAACCGAUCAAAUAAUGAUGAUUUCUUAUAUGAUCGAUGGACAGGGCUAUUUGAUCACGAACCGUGAGAUCAUUAGUGGCGACGUAGACGAUUUCGAGUACACCCCGAAGCCCGAGUUUGAAGGCAACUUUAUCGUGUUCAACGAAGCAAACGAGCUUGGUCUGUUGCAGAAAUUUUUCGACCACAUCCUGGAGGUAAAACCGCACAUCUUUGUGACGUACAACGGCGACUUUUUCGAUUGGCCGUUCGUCGAAGCGCGUGCAGCGGUGUACGAUUUGGACAUGCGAAGGGAGAUUGGCUUUUCGAAGGUAAAUGGGCGCGAUGGCAAUUAUCUGUGCCGUCCGGCAAUGCAUCUUGAUUGUCUUUGCUGGGUGAAGCGUGAUUCGUAUCUGCCCGUUGGUUCGCAUGGUUUGAAGGCGGUUGCCAAGAGUAAGCUACGGUACGACCCCGUCGAACUGGACCCGGAAGAAAUGUGCCGCAUGGCGGUGGAGCAACCGCAGGUGUUGGCAAACUACUCGGUUUCGGAUGCUGUCGCUACGUACUAUCUGUACAUGAAGUACGUUCAUCCCUUCAUCUUCGCGCUAGCAACGAUCAUUCCGAUGGAACCGGAUGAAAUCCUGCGAAAAGGCUCGGGAACGCUCUGCGAGUCCCUGCUUAUGAAGGAAGCGUUCAAGGUGAACAUCGUGUUCCCAAACAAGCAAGUGUCGGAGCUCAACAAGCUCACCAACGACGGGCAUGUGCUAGACUCGGAAACGUACGUCGGAGGACACGUUGAAGCGCUCGAGUCGGGUGUGUUCCGAGCAGACAUCAGCACCCGCUUUCGACUGGAUCCGGAUAUGAUCAAGCAACUGCAGGGCAACGUGGAGAAGGUAUUGGAGCACGCAAUUGUGACGGAAGAAGGCGUUCCCAUAUCGGACGUGAUCAACUUUGAGGAAGUUAAGUCGGAAAUUUUAUCCGCGCUCCAACAGCUGCACGACAUUCCUACCCGUUUAGAGCAGCCGGUCAUUUAUCAUCUCGAUGUCGGUGCUAUGUACCCGAACAUCAUUCUUACCAACCGUCUUCAACCGUCGUCCAUGGUGAACGAUGCGGACUGUGCCGCGUGCGAUUACAAUAAGCCAGAUGCUCGGUGCAAGCGGGACAUGGAGUGGUUGUGGCGCGGAGAAAUGCUUCCAGCAAGUCGCAACGAAUUUCAGCGCAUUCAACAGCAGCUGGAAACGGAAAAGUUUCCGCCACUUUUCCCCGGCGGACCGCAGCGCGCCUUUCACGAGUUGUCACGCGAAGAUCAGGCAAAUUACGAGAAGAAAAGGCUGUCGGAUUACUGUCGAAAAGCGUACAAGAAAACGAAAGUUACACGAUUGGAAACGCGAACUUCUACCAUCUGCCAGAAGGAAAACAGUUUCUACGUCGAUACAGUGCGAGCGUUCCGCGAUCGACGGUACGAAUAUAAGGCGCUCACGAAGGUCGCCAAAGCGGCGGUUACGGCAGCCGUUAAGAGUGGCGAUGCAGGCGAAAUAAAGGCCGCCAAAGGACGGGAAGUGCUGUACGACUCGUUGCAACUUGCCCACAAAUGUAUUCUGAAUUCGUUCUACGGAUACGUGAUGCGUAAGGGUGCUCGAUGGCACAGUAUGCCGAUGGCGGGAAUUGUCUGUUUGACUGGGUCGAACAUUAUCACGAAAGCGCGAGAAAUCAUCGAACGCGUCGGCCGCCCGCUGGAGCUGGAUACCGAUGGUAUUUGGUGCAUUUUGCCAGCAUCAUUUCCUCAAGAGUUUACCUUUCAAACAAACCAUCCCAAGAAGAAAAGCCUGAACGUUUCGUACCCGAACGCUGUGCUAAACACGAUGGUGAAGGAUCACUUUACCAACGAACAGUACCAUGUGCUGGAGCGACCCAACUCUUCCGACGGCAAAGGAGCCGAAUAUUCGAUACGCUCGGAAAACUCGAUCUUCUUCGAGGUUGAUGGACCGUAUCUGGCAAUGGUGCUUCCGGCAGCUAAAGAGGAAGGUAAAAAGCUGAAAAAGCGCUACGCCGUAUUUAACUUCGAUGGAUCGUUGGCGGAGCUGAAGGGGUUUGAGGUUAAGCGGCGCGGCGAGCUGCAGCUGAUUAAGAUUUUUCAAUCGUCCGUUUUCGAAGCGUUCCUGCAAGGCUCUACGCUGGAGCAAUGUUAUGCGUCCGUGGCCAAAAUUGCCGACUACUGGCUGGAUGUGUUGUACAGCAAGGGACACAACAUGCCGGACAGCGAGCUGUUCGAACUGAUUUCGGAGAACCGCUCGAUGUCGCGCAAGCUAGAAGACUAUGGAGAGCAGAAGUCCACUUCCAUCUCGACGGCGAAACGUUUGGCCGAGUUUUUGGGCGACCAGAUGGUGAAGGAUGCUGGGCUGGCGUGCAAGUUUAUCAUUUCUCGCAAACCGGAAGGCGCUCCCGUCACGGAACGCGCCAUACCGCUGGCAAUAUUUCAGUCUGAGGUAAGCGUACGGCGGCAUUAUUUGCGGCGCUGGUUGAAGGACAACACGAUGGGCGAUGCCGACAUUCGGGACGUACUCGAUUGGAACUAUUACAUCGAACGGUUGGGAGGAACGAUUCAAAAAAUCAUCACGAUCCCGGCUGCCUUACAGGGGUUGAAUAACCCCGUACCACGGGUGCAGCAUCCGGAUUGGCUGCACAAGAAGAUGUUAGAGAAGAACGACACCUUGAAGCAACGACGCAUAAGCGAAAUGUUUAGCGCUGCACCGCCAAAACCAGCCCAGCCUCCUGGUACAGAGCUUACCGACGUUGAAGAUUUGGUAAGUAGCCAAUCCAAUGGAGGUCAGUGGCCGGGUGUUCCCAUAGCGCACAAACGACGGCGCGAAGGAUCCGACGAUUGCGAAGAACAGCCGGACAAUGCACCGGUGCCGGCAGUUCCGAAAACGUGGCGCGAAGCUCUGGGCGAUCCGCCAUCGCCAGGAAGCAGUAGGGCAGAGUUGGUAGAAUGGCUUCGGUUUCAUAAGCGUAAAUGGCGCUGGCAGAUAUGUCAACGCGAUCGGCACCAUCGCGAUGUGCGUAACAGCAAACGGAUUCGCACUGCCGUCGAUGAAGGUGUCAGUGCAGCGGCUCCAUCUCGUGCUGUAACGCUCGGUGGCUUCCUGCGCAAAACGCAACGCUCGCUGAUCGAACAAAGCUGGCAGAUUAUACAGAUCGUACCGGUGGACGACCUUGGCAACUUUACCGUGUGGGCUAUGGUGGGCGAAGAACUGCACAAAAUUCGACUCUCGGUACCGCGGAUCUUCUACGUCAAUCAGCGCACUCCGGCACCACCCGAGCACGACGGUACAACCAAUUCAUCGGGGACGACCAGAUCGAUGUGGAAGAAGGUUCACCGUGUGCUGCCCCGUGCCCGUCCCGUCUACCAUCUCUAUCAGUACGUAGUCCCGGAGCAGAUAUUUCGCGAUAAUCGUCUCGGGCUGCUAGCCGACCUUGCCACACCCGACAUUGAGGGCAUUUACGAAACGCAAAUGACGUUGGAAUUCCGUGCGCUCAUGGAAUUGGGCUGUGUAUGCGCCGUGCAGCGGUCUGAAGCGAGGGCGCUGGCUGCUUUAGCGACGAAGGAUCUCGACUCGUUCAACAUACAGCAGCUAGAAAUGCGUCCCAUUGCCUCUACAUCGUACUUGAAGAGCUGUGCGGAUGGCGGUGUGAAUAUGCGCAAGAUAUUCGUCUACCAGCACGUUUCCCCAACUGGGAAGCGCGAAAUGUGGGGACUGUUCUCGCCAGCUAACAAGAAAGCGCUAGUUAUCGUGCUCGACACAGUACGCUCGAAUCAACUUCCGACCGUGAAGAAUCUUUACGCCUCGGAACGGAUUGCCCUCCUAACGGCCGGUGGCGAACAUCGGGAAGAAAUGCUUCCACCGUCGGACAUGUCCUUCGAGGUGUACAUGGAAAUCGAUGCCAAGCAAGUGUACCAGCGCGUUACACGUGCGCUAUCCGCAUAUCGGGACGAAAAACGCGGACCCACGCUGCUAUGCCUUCAAACUGCGCUUGGACUGCACAAGUUAAACCAACAUUUGCCUAUAUGCCUAGAGUUCCCGGAAGUUUCCAUUCACAUCGCAGACGAUGCGGCUCUACUGUCCGGACUCGACUGGCAACGCCACGGUGCCCGGUCAAUGAUAAGACACUUCCUCAAUCUUAACCGCGUGCUUCAAAUGAUGCUAGAGCAAUGUCUCUACUUUCAGCUGCCACUGGGCAACAUGCCACCCGAUACAGUUCUUUUCGGAGCCGAUUUAUUCUACGCCAGAUUGCUACAGCGGCACAAUUUCGUGCUCUGGUGCUCUUCCGGAGCACGUCCCGAUCUGGGUGGACGCGAGGCGGACGACAGUCGACUGUUGGCGGAAUUUGAGGAUAACAUCUCCAUCGUACAGAACCGCGCCGGGCUUUAUCGUUCCGUGUGUGUUGAACUGACCGUGGAGAGUCUGGCAGUUUCGGCUUUGCUGCAGGCAAGCAAAGUGCAAGAACUGGAGGGCACCUCUUCCGCAAUUACAUUCGACGUAAUGCCGCAAGCAUCGCUAGAAGAUAUGAUCACCAGCGGACCGAACGGACUGCAGCUUUCCAACUAUGACGAAACGGCCCUCUGCAGUCAAGCGUUUCGCGUGAUGCGCAUGAUGGUCAAUGCAUGGUUGCGCGAGGUUUCCAUCAACCGGAAUGUGUUUUCCGACUUUCAGAUCAUUCACUUCUAUCGUUGGGUACGGUCGAGCCGUGCCCUGCUGUAUGAUCCUGCAUUGCGACGAGCCCUGAACACUCUGAUGCGGAAACUGUUCCUACAGAUUGUGGCCGAAUUCCGACGCAUGAAAGCGGAGAUUAUAUACGCGGACUUCAAUCGUAUCGUGAUCGACACAGGCAAGCGAACGGUGGCCGAUGCCAUUAGCUACACGGAUUUUGUGGUGCAGAACAUUCGCAAUCGCGAACUGUUUCACAGCGUUUCAUUGUCCUUUCAACAGGCGUGGGAAUUUUUGCUGUGGAUUGAUCCUACAAACUAUGGUGGUGUGAGAGGCAAUCUGCCGAAGGAUGUGAUCGCGUCAGAGGAGGUGACUGCCACAGCGUCCUCACAAGCGGAUGCAGAGGAAGAGGAGCUGUCGCUCGAAAUGAACUGGAGCAUCUCGGAGCAGCUGCCCGAGGAGAGAAGAUGUCGGGCGAAUUUUGAAAGCUUCGUCGUGUCCUUCCUGCAAACGAUGGCCGAAGGAGUUUCCCCUGAAAAUGCGCUGAAAAAGUUAGCUUGCGUCGCGUAUGGAAUGGUGCAGAAAAUGCACGACGGAUAUGCGCGGGGUGCAAAUGGGCCGGCCUUGGAGUUUGUUAAAGCCAUCACAAAAGCAUUGGCGGCUUGCAAGCAAACCGAGGAGCAGCUGAUGACCAUGCGGCGGAACAUGCUACUGCUUGUCGGGGUGGGAGACUUUAGCGACAAGGCGGUAUGGAAAGAGUCGAUCAAAUCCUUCGUGCUUACGGAGGUCAUCUGCCAAGCGUGCAACCACUGUCGGGAUUUAGAUCUCUGCAAAGACACUCAUCGGGCAUUGAAGGACGGCGAACUACCAGUGUGGCUGUGUGCGCAGUGUAACGUCGACUAUGAUAACGUCGAAAUUGAAAUGCGGCUCCUUGACGUAGUUCAGCGGAAGCUGAUGUCCUACACGCUGCAGGAUCUUCGAUGCGUCAAGUGCAAGCAAAUUAAGCGGGAAAACCUCUCCCAGUAUUGUACCUGCACUGGUAACUUUGAGAAUCUCAUCUCUACCAGCGAGAUACGACGGUUGCUUCAGACGUUCCACAUGCUGGCCAAAGACUAUCGCAUGCACAUUCUUGAGGAAACGGUUCACCACAUACUGCAAACGUAAGCCGCUACCAACUUUUGGUCAAGAACAGCAAGGCUUAGGUGCUGCAGACGAUUUUGCUUCUUGUUAGAGUGCGCGUUUGGAAUUACAUUUCUUUGCUUAGCCAAAUAAACAGCUACACAAUUUCGAUACUUUUUA